UUACUACCACGGUUAUUGCCACAAAUCAAGAGGGCAAAGUGAACGGCAUGGGACUCACACCAAUCCUAACGAACCUGGGUCCGAUUCCUGCGUCUGAGAGGUUUACGGGCAAUAACUGCACGUGCAGAUGAUACGGCGGGGGAAAUGGGGAAGAGUUUUGUAGGUAAAUCGUAAACGUUAGAGGUUGGUUGAUUUGCCAAGCCCUCAGCCAAGCUUGCAACAAAACAUGACAAGCCUGUCGCGGUUUAGUGGCUGCCCUCUUUCUUGCGUCAACCCUGGGGAGAGCAAUACUGAACCCAGCGUGGUGCUGCCACCUUUGGCAGAGGAGCACAUGGGGCACCCCACUGGCAGUUCCUUAAAACUCUGCCCCUCGCAAAAUUUGCGAGACUACCACGAGACGAGGGCCAGUGCAUAUGUUGACCACUCGGUUACCCAUUUUCCAGACACUGGAUACACCAGUCAUCGCUUAGAACCCAGUCCUAGGGGCAUUAUCAUUGGGACAAAUCUGUCAGCAGCAGGCAUGCCACCAGUAACUGAUCAGCUGGCUCCGAGACCCAACCAACAUGGCAAUAUUGGAAGGUACCGUGACCUCCACAACUAUAGGGAUGGCAGGAGCCACACGUUCUUCAACACGUAUCAAGAGCAGGCCCACGGCUCGUCAGACGCAAGCCGAGAUCUCAGCAGCCAAAUGAUGUUGGGUCUUCCGGGGGAUCUUCUAUCACGAACGCACCCGUACGGACAGACGGUCAGUGGCCCCAGGGCCAACAGCCAGCAACUAGUCACCCAGUUCCUGGAGUUCUAUAAGCCUCUGAAUAUGGCCAUGCAACGAGGAGGGGGCGAUGCCUUCCUCAGGUGCUCCAGGCAGAACCCAAAGCACGAGCUGGUGUGCAAGUGGAGCGACGGCCAAGAAGGCACUGGCAAGCCGCCCUGCGCCAGGAGUUUUGGGACCAUGUAUGAACUCGUCACCCAUGUGACGGUGGAGCAUGUCGGAGGACCGGAGCACUCCGACUACGUUUGUCACUGGGAGAACUGUUCAAGAGACAGAAAGCCUUUCAAAGCCAAAUACAAGCUCGUCAACCACGUCAGAGUGCACACUGGAGAAAAGCCCUUUCCCUGCCCUUUUCAUGGAUGUGAAAAAGUUUUUGCCAGAUCCGAGAACCUCAAGAUACACAAGAGAACGCAUACAGGUGAGAAACCGUUUAAAUGCGAGUUUGAGGGCUGCAAUCGGCGAUUUGCAAACAGCAGCGACCGGAAGAAGCACUCUCACGUUCACUCCAGCGAUAAACCCUACACGUGCAAGGUCAGGGGCUGCGAAAAAUGCUACACGCACCCCAGCUCCUUGCGCAAACACAUGAAACUCCACUGCAAGGCCUACGUCGCCAAAAUCGGCGAGGACGACGAGCACCUCGCGGAGGCCGGGUCUCCCGAGGCGGCGGAGCAGCAAGACACGCCCGCCUCUGCCGCGGUGACGCGAGCGAUGACGACUCCCUCCUUGUCUCCGGAGACGCGAAACGAGUCGGCCGUGAGGUCGCGUUUCCAUCACACCUUUGAAAACAGUUUGGACUACAUGGCGCACAGGCCGCAGUCCCUUUUGGACCCUCUGUUGCUACAACGGGGCAGCUACAGGCCAGAGUCAGUGCAGUACUCCUGCAGCCAACCCAGCCACGCUUUCGCACCCGGUCACAGAACUUUUGCGUCCAACUCACCUUUUCAAAAAAGUCUGGUAAACGGCUGGUACACGUGUCAUAGCGCCGUGGACACCUUUUCGCCCAAACACUGUAACGGUGACAUGUAAUGUCCGCUGACGGCCGAAGGGUCCCUCUUCGUGUAACGCUGUGUCCCACAGGUUUAAAUAGGAGAGUGCAAUCUGUUACCGUGAGCUUUAUCCGUUGUGCAUUUUGUUCUUGUGUCUGUGAGACGUCGGUGACUAAACUGUAAAUAGCUUACCGUGAAAGCAAAGGGGGGAAAAAAUACGAUUCAUAUAUAAAAUAUCUACAAAGCAGAUGGAGUGGAAUAUAUAGGUAGUAAAAAUAAAGUAAGUUAUUUCUGCACAGGGGGGAAGAAAAAAAAAUUAAAUGGCGCAGCCUGUUAUCACGAGGCUCUGCGUCAAUGUGAUGUGUAACGGAAAGAAGUGGUUUAUCUCUUUAUAAGUGAUGAUGAAAGUUAGUAACGUGAGUAUUUUUUUGUAAAUUAUAACUUGGACUACAACUUUACACGCGUUUUAUGUCACAGUUUAAAUGUAGUUCGAAGAUUAUUAGAAUUAAAAAUAUCGUUUGUCUUGAUGUGUGUGUGUGUGUGUGUGUGUGAAGGUGAACCCAACGUUGAACGAGGCCUUUAACAUAAAUUAUUUGGAGAUGUCCACACUACGCCAUCCAUGACUUUAUUUUAUACCUUAUUACAUCAGUGGCAAUUAUUAUAGACUUCACCCCCCCCUUCAUUGUGAAAAUGUUUAAUUAAGAUUCUACUGUAUAUGCCUAUACUGUACGAUUAAUUAUGCAUUCGAAGUUUCAUUAAAGUAUCUCUAUUCUCUUUGA